AUUUUUCGGAGCACAUUUUGGUGCCCAUAGCCAUGCAGAGCCUGUCCAUCUUCCAUGCGAGCGAAGAUGGCCUCAGGCCGGCCAGUGAUGAUCAGGGUCCUGCCUCAGCAGCCCUGCUUCGAAUGAAGGCCUUGCAUGAAAUGGAGUUGAGAUCCAUCUUGAAGUCCAUGGAGGAGAAUGCUGUGAGGCGAAAGACGCAGGGGAACAUGGCCAUGGAAAAAGGCGAGUUUCGUCAGGCGGUCAAGGAAUACAGCUGUGCCUUACAACACGCGGGCGACAUGAUGGACUUCUUGGAGUUGGAGAAAUCUCCGGCGCUGAACGGGUAUCAGCUGCGAGCCUUGGCGAAGGGAAUGCCACUUCCUCAGAGGGGACCCAAAGCUUUGCAGCCCUUCCGAGCGGUGGCCUUCGCCAGCCGCGCUUUGGCAUUUUUGCGACUGGAUGCAUAUGAACAAUGCUUGGAGGACGCCACAGCCGCCUGUGACUUGGAGCCAAAGUAUUUGAAGGCGUGGAUCCGCCGGGCCUGCGCCUUGGCGGCCUUGAACCGCCGCGCGGACGCCGAAGACGCCUUGAACGAGGCCCUGGAGAAAGCCUGCCAUAGCGACCUUUUGCGCGAGCAAGUUUGCAAGCUACUUGUGAACCUGCACAAUUUGGUGAAUGUGGUGGUGAAGCCGCCAGAGAAGGACUUGCCGGUGAUCUACAAGGACUCUGAGCGGCCGAAGAAGACGAAGACCUGGCGCGAGGUUGUCACCGUUCCUGUGGCAGGGUGCGAUGGCGCUUCAGUUCAAGUGCCUCGUCAUGAGCUUCGAAAGUUUCUUCAGGAGGACUGGAAGCCGACACUUUCAGGUGCUGCCAUUUGGGCACAAAGCCACCAGGAGCUCUUCCUGGUGCUGCGGCUUCCACGACGGCCCAAGGUGUCUGAGCUGAGGAUUGAGAUUUCGCCACGUCAUUUGCUGGGCUUCCUGCGGAAGCCAGGGAUGACAUCCGUGACUGAGGACGACUUUGAUCUUCUCAUCAAUGCGGAGCUCCUGGUCGCUGUUAAACCUUCAGAAUGCAGCUGGCAGCUGGAGCAGGUGGCAGAUGCCACGGACUUGCAUGUCACUUUGCACAAGGAGGUGGCCCAGAUGGUGCUGGAGGGCUUCAAGUGAUAGCGACCGUCGCUGUCAGAGACGCAGGCACACAAUUUCCAAGUCCUCCACACCUGAGGCGACCAGGAGCGGCCAGGAGCCCAGAGUCAGAGGUCGUUCGACAGAAAUGCUUUCAACUUGCUUUUACUCUAGCAUUUCAUGACUGGAACAGGAGAUCUGACACAGAAAAUCCCAAAGAAGAGGGGCUUGUGCUUGUUCCAGUCUUAAGAAGAACGGAAUACAUCAAUCUUGGCCACACGACGCCAUCAAUUCGCUACACUACCCCACUGGUCACUGGUUGCAGAUUUCCCAGAUGUUUUUGAAGCGCUUGAUGCCCGGCGCACAUGCAUGACUUCUGCAGUUCGGGCCAGGACGAAGCAACCGGACCCCAGCUUCCCCGGCACCAGGAAGUACACUGCUGUGGGUUUGGCUGCGUGAGUUUGUGAGACCAUGCCCAGUACGCCAGCAGCAGAAGCACAUACUGUUUGCUGAUUAAGACGUUCGAAUGCUGUGGGCAUGUGAUCACGUAUUGCACCGAUGUGUUCAUGUGUGUGUGUGUGUGAUGUGCAUCGGCAGGCUUGUAGCCACGAGGUCAGAACUGCAUCCGUCUUGCGAAGGUAGCAUGAGGACGCUACUAGGAGCAAAGGGCAUCGCUACUAGGAGCAAGGACGCUACUAUAAGGGCUCCUGGCCUUACUACUAGAAACAAGGUCGCGGAGCUACAAGCCUGGACCGUGGCGUUGGCCGCAGGUCUCAUGAGGUGACUUCAAAUUGAGUCUACCAGGCUUGGAGGACGGAGCACCGCCGGAGACUGCCGGUCUGGACGCCGAUCUGCACCGAUUCUGUCGUGCGGCAAAAAGAGGGCGCCCGACGAGUCUGGUGGGUCAACCACCGACUUUUGGCAGAUGAGAACAGCGUCCACUCCGAUCCGAAGCAAACGGCAUCUCAACGUUUGAACACGUUCAUGUCCGCAGCGGUUCUUGCAGCGGUUCCACGUGCAGAUCGAUGCAUGUUUCAACUGACAUCAACCAACUAACUUGGAUCACCAACCAGGUCUCCAGCUUCCGGCUUGCACCGCUGCAUUUGCCUCACCCAAGCAACCAGCCUUGUCCUGGUUGCGCAAAGCGCAGGCCUUGUCACG